AAGCUCGGUAUAUCGGACCAGAUCUGAUGCCUUCUAGUUGUUUGCAGCCAGCCAGGUCUCGUGAACACUUCCGGGCUCUCCCAUGGGCCGGAUCCAACGAUGGGUGCAAAUUAAGAGGUAAGCAAAAUUCUCGACAUCACUGCAAGCCUGCGAAACACUCUGGGAGCGUGGAAACGCCUCUCGCGGACUCGCAAUACAACAAAAUGUGCUAUCUUCCCUCAAUGGAUUAAAGAGAUGUCUCAAGCCAGCCUGUGCGCCGACGCUGCCGAUCGGACAAAUCUUAACUAUGAGAAUGCGCCUGCUUUGCCUCCUCCACUGCUUUCCCCACUAAACAGAUUCACGACCAGGGCAGACAUAGACGAAAAUGGCCGCAUCAAUAUUGACAUCACACGGACUAACACUAUCAACUCUGACCAUCUCUAUCCUCAGCUUCAGAGCCACCUGGAGAGAAUUGUGGAUACAGAUGGAUCUUCCUCGGAAGGGUCUUCGCGGCCGCUUCCCCAGCUAAACGUCGUGAUCCAGAUCGUAGGAUCAAGAGGCGAUGUUCAGCCGUUCGUCGCCCUGGGAAAGGUGCUUCGGGACGUUCACGGCCAUCGCGUCCGUAUCGCCACACAUGCCGUUUUCAAGUCAUUCAUCGAAGAACAGGGAUUGGAGUUCUUCAACAUCGGCGGCAAUCCCGAAGCCUUGAUGAGAUUCAUGGUCAACAACCCUGGGCUCCUCCCUCACUACGAGAGCCUGCGCAGCGGUGAGGUUUUGAAGCAACGAAGGUGUCUCUAUGAAAUUCUCAAGGGAUGCUGGAGAUCAUGUAUCGAGGCAGGCGACGGAAUGGGACCACGACCAACGAAUGACGACUAUGCGAGCCUCUCAAAAUGGAGUCACAGUCGGCCGAACGCGAGGCCUUUCGUUGCAGACGUUAUUAUUGCAAAUCCCCCGAGCUUUGCCCACGUGCAUUGCGCAGAGAGGCUAGGGAUCCCAUUACAUCUGAUGUUUACUAUGCCAUGGACGCCAACGCAAACAUUCCCUCAUCCACUUGCAAUCAUACGCUCUUCAAGCUUGGACAAAGGAUUGGCUAAUAUGCUAUCCUAUGUCCUUGUCAACAGGGUGAUUUGGCAUGGUCUAGGAGAUGUCAUUAAUCUCUUCCGUCAGCGAUGUCUCCAUUUAGAACCUCUCAGCAUUAUUUGGGCUUCCGGGAUAACUCAUAGCGAUGAUAUACCCUUCACUUAUGCGUGGUCUCCAGCUCUGCUGCCAAAGCCUCCUGACUGGGGUUCCAAUGUUUCUGUGGCCGGAUACUUCCAAUUACCGCCAUUGGCCGCUGCACCGAAAGUACCUGAACGGUUAUUGAAGUUCUUGGCAGACGGUCCUCCUCCAGUUUAUGUUGGGUUUGGCUCCAUUGUCGUGAAAGAUCCCGAAAAGAUGACGAAGAUUAUAUUUGACGCCAUUGCAGAGGCAGGUGUUCGUGCACUGGUCUCGGUUGGAUGGGCCGGCCUUGGGAGCGGAGAGGUACCAGAAAACGUCCAUAUUAUAUCCGAUAUUCCGCACACCUGGCUCUUCGACCAAGUCUGCGCAGUCGUGCAUCAUGGAGGCGCCGGAACCACGGCAGCCGGUCUCUUGGCCGGAAAGCCAACGGUCAUAGUACCUUUUUUUGGGGACCAGUUCUUCUGGGGGAAGAUAGUCGCCCAAGCCGGCGCCGGACCACUUCCCGUUCCCUACAAGUCGUUAACAGCAAAGCGGCUGGCCACCGCCAUUACACAGGCCUUGCUGCCUUCCACCUUGGCGACCGCUCAAAGACUAAGGGAACGAAUGCGACACGAGCGCGGAAGUGAAACCGGUGCUGAGAUCUUCCAGGCCAAGUUACCGGCGGCCAAACUGCGAUGCUCGAUUCUCCCACGUCGUGCAGGAAUUUGGAAAGUGAAGAAUACACGAAUCCGACUCAGUGCGCUCUGCGCGACCACCCUGAUUAAGGAAGGAAUACUGCAGGAGGAUGAUCUCGAACUAUAUCGAUCUCAGGAAUACGAGCUCGAGCAUGGGCCGUGGGGCCCGAUUUCCGGUACCCUGUCCACAUUAGUCAGUGCUGUUGGGCGAUUAACCCAAGAAUUCGUCGAAUUGCCAAUCAACUUGGUGCAGACUUUUCAAACACCCAAGCCGGAAACUGCUGGGGCUUGUGAUUCGCUGUCCCCAGGCAGCAUUUGUCCCUUGACGAUUUCCUCGACGUCGCCGCCGUCGUCGCCGACCCCUCCUUUGGAGAACGACAGGGCACUCCGACCGCUUGAUUCUCGCACCUCGUACGUUUCAGAAUUAUUACAGAGACGAGCCGUCAACAAACAACUCGAAGCCGAGCUUUGCGGCUCUUUUGACCGUCGACCGCCUUCUCGCCGUGCCCGACGUGAGGGUCAAAGCCUUCAAAGGGACGGAUCAAGCCCGAUUUUGCAAACCAUGGCAGACAUUUCUGUUGACAUAUCGUCCAACUUGGCGUCUUCGCUGACCAACAUCGCCGACGUGUGCCUCAAGUUCCCCGCCAAACUAACCAUGUCCAUCGCGCUCGGGUUCCACAACGCGCCCAAGCUGUACGGCGACAAGACCGUCCGCCAACCUCCUUCGACACGGGUGAAGACAUUCAAACAUGGACUCGAGCACGGCGCACGGGAGUUCCAGACCCAGCUGUCCGACGCCGUCACUGGGGUGGUGCUGCUCCCGCUCCACGGCGCCAGAGACGGGGGCAUCGUAGGAUUCACCAAGGGUCUCGGACUGGGAGCCGGUGGACUUGGCCUCAAGGCCAUGGCGGCACUGUUUGGGUUUCCAGCGUACACGCUAAAGGGACUCCACAAGGGAUUUCGGUGGCGCGAGGCCCUGGAUUUUGACCAGUAUAUCCACGCGGCGAGGAUGGCGCAGGGCGAGGAGGAAUGGAACAAGGCCACAGUGGAGGAGAAGAACGAUAUCGUACGGCGCUGGGACGAGCUCGCCCCGGUGGUUUAACAACGAUUGUGGAAGGACGAAUACGCAUGCAGAUGUCCAGUCAGGUUGAAUCCAGGGAGAGGAAGUGAUUGGUGCGCUGAAGACAAACUGCUGGGUGGAAUCCAGCGACCUUUGAACGACUCGGUUAUAUACCCAAACAUUCUUGUUUCCGGGUGAUAGUCGCUAGAGAGGGCCGAAUUAAGUGGCGUCCAUGGUUAGGUGGCAAAGUAGAGGCCAUGUGACUGUGGACUUGCCAUAGACCCUACAAGUUUCAUUGAGGACACACUCGAUCUCCA